AGACUACGCGUGUGCACUGCAUGCUAUGCCUAUGCUGUAGAUGAAUCCAUUGCUGACAAGACAAGGUUGUUGAGAGUUGCACUGACCCAAGACUUCAUCAUUCAUGCCUCAUGGAAGUACAAGAAUUAUCAAUACCUCAGAAUUCUGCUGGUGGAAAAGAUAGGGUAAACUUCACUGUUGGAGAAAUUCCAAAUGAUGCAACAUCCCAGAGGAUCUAACAGGUUAUCCAGCACAAUGCAAAAGGCAAAUGCAAACAAUGGACUCAGCUCUUCGCCAUCCGCUGUCUCAAGUCUGUCUCGCUGGGAAGCCAUGGAGAUCAAACCAAAGGUUGUCGUCGGGAUCUGCUGCAUGGGGAAGAAAGCCAGCUCAAGACCGAUGCGGGAGAUCCUCCAUCGACUCGAAAAAUUUGAGUACAUUUCCUUAGACAUUUUUGAUGAAGAUAUGAUCUUGAACGAUCCUGUGGAGAGCUGGCCGGUUUGCGAUGCGCUCAUCUCAUUCUUCUCUACAGGCUUUCCAUUACACAAGGCCAUUGAUUACGCCAAACUACGCAAGCCAUUGGUCAUCAAUGAUCUGGAAGCACAGUACAACCUACAUGAUAGGAGGAAAGUGUUUGAAAUUCUCUCUCAGGAGGACAUACCAGUCCCUAGGCAUGUUAUCCAUGAUAGAGAUUGUGACCCAGAUGAUUUCUUCCUCAUUGAAAAUGAUGAUGACUUGGAGAUCAAUGAUGUCAUCUUCCGCAAGCCAUUUGUGGAGAAGCCUGUAUCAGCUGAGGAUCAUAAUGUUUAUAUUUACUAUCCAUCAUCAGCUGGGGGUGGUAGUCAAAGGCUCUUCAGAAAGAUGCGCAAUCGUAGCAGCAUCUAUUCACCAGAGAGUCGCAUAAGAAGGGCUGGCUCUUAUAUGUAUGAAGAAUUCAUGCCUACUGAUGGCACUGAUGUGAAGGUAUACACGGUAGGACCAGACUACGCCCAUGCGGAAGCCAGGAAAUCACCUGCCCUAGAUGGUAAGGUAGAGAGAGACAGUCAGGGUAAGGAAGUCCGUUAUCCAGUCAUACUCACCAACACAGAGAAGAUGAUUGCAAGGAAAGUCUGUCUAGCAUUCAAGCAAACAGUAUGUGGUUUUGACCUGCUGAGGGCCAGUGGCCGAUCCUAUGUGUGUGAUGUAAAUGGAUUCAGCUUUGUCAAGAACUCAAAAAAGUAUUACGAUGACUGUGCCAAAAUCCUUGGGAACAUGAUCAUGAGAGAGUUGGCUCCCAAAUACAACAUCCCAUGGCAGAUGUUCACCUUAGAUGAAGAGAUACCAUACAUGCCUACCACUUCAGGAACUAUGAUGGAGCUUCGAUGUGUGAUUGCUAUUAUCAGACAUGGAGAUAGAACGCCAAAACAGAAAAUGAAAAUGGAGGUCAAGCAUCCAAAAUUUUUUCGCCUCUUUGAGAAAUAUGGUGGGCGCUCUAAGGGUAAGGUCAAACUUAAAAGACCUGAACAACUGCAGAAGAUUCUGGAUGUGUCAAGAUAUCUCCUUGGAGAACUCAAGUGGCAGAAGCACAGGAGUCAGCCUGAGAUUGAAGAGAGGGAGUCUAAGCUAGAGCAGUUGAAGGCAGUCCUAGAGAUGUAUGGCCAUUUCUCAGGGAUCAACCGCAAGGUCCAGCUCAAGUACCUUCCAAAGGGCAUUCUCAAGCACUCCAGCAGUGAAGAAGCUUCUCACUCAGAUUCAAAAGGGGAACCCUCCCUGUUGCUGAUAUUGAAAUGGGGUGGAGAGCUAACUCCAGCAGGUCGCGUUCAGGCAGAGGAAUUGGGCCGUGCAUUCAGAUGCAUCUAUCCUGGAGGACAAGCUGUCAUCAGUGAUUAA